UCACGUGACCCAUUGUGCUCCGAACAUUGGCUCAUUGGGUGAACACUGAACUAUCCAUCUCUCCCCUUUUUUUUGCUAGAGUUUCAACAGAGCUUCGUAAUAUGCCUAAUGGUUCAAAUCAAAAUGGUCCUGGCCUGGAACAGCAGUUUGCUGGUAUGGACAUAAAUGGCCCUGGUCGCAAUCAAAAUUUUGACCAAGGGAACUUUGGUGGUGGUCGCUAUGUCCCUCCACACCUUAGGGGUGGGGGCAUGCCCAAUUUGAGCCAGCCCCCUCCAGGCCAUCCCAAUGCCAACUUACCACAAGAAAACUGGAGCAACUCUGGAGGCAGAGGCCCAAUGCCCAGAGACGGAGGUCGCUGGUCAGGUAACGGCAGAGGUGGCAGCUACGGAGACCGCAGCGGGGGCUAUGGUGGUGACCGAGGAGGCAGCGGUGGCGGGUACAACGACCGCGGCUCCUACAACAGCGACAGAGGCGGUAGCUACAACGACCGUGGCGGUUACGGCGGCAGAGGAGGCUAUGGUGGAGGACGUGGGGGCUAUGACAGAGACGGCCGCGGCGGGUACGAUAAUCGAGGUGGUUACGAUAGGCGUGGUGGAGGAAACCCGGGUGGCUAUGGGCGUGGUGGGGGAGGAUACCAGUAUAAUGACAGUCGUGGCAAUGACCGCUGGAACCGACAAGGAAGUGCCCCACCCCCACCAGGAGGAGGCCGCUGGGAUGGUCUUCUCGAGGACAGAGACCGCGAGCGACGCAUGGGCGGCCAGGGAUACAACCGCUGGGACAACCGCAUGGACGGUGGCGGGGAAGACAACUCCAGACAGGAGGACUGGUCCAUUCCCCUGCCUCGUAAUGAGAGACUGGAACAUGAACUGUUUGGUGGCGGUAAUACAGGCAUCAAUUUUGACAAGUACGAGGACAUCCCUGUGGAAGCCAGUGGGGACAGUGCUCCAGCAAACAUUGAAAACUUUGAAGAUUGCAGUCUGGGAGAGAUUGUACGCAACAACAUUGCUCUCAGCAAAUAUGCAAAACCAACUCCAGUCCAGAAAUUUGCAAUUCCCAUCAUCCUGGGUCAGCGAGAUCUGAUGGCUUGUGCUCAGACAGGUUCCGGCAAAACUGCUGCUUUCCUGGUACCAAUCCUGAACCAGAUUUAUACAAUGGGACCUGGUGAUGCUUCUAACCAGCCCGGAGGUCGCCAAUACGGACGCAGGAAGAUGUUCCCCUUGGCUCUGGUGCUGGCUCCGACUCGUGAGUUGGCAUCACAGAUCUACGACGAGGCGAGGAAGUUUGCCUAUCGGUCUCGUGUGCGGCCCUGCGUGGUUUACGGAGGCGCUGACAUUGGAGCCCAGAUGCGUGAUCUGGACAAGGGCUGUCACCUGCUGGUGGCCACGCCCGGACGUCUGGUGGACAUGAUGGAGCGGGGCAAGGUCGGCUUGGACCUUUGCAAAUUCUUGGUCUUGGAUGAGGCUGACAGAAUGUUGGACAUGGGUUUUGAACCUCAAAUCAGGCGUAUCGUAGAGAAAGACAACAUGCCUCCCUGUGGAAAACGCCAGACCAAUAUGUUCUCAGCCACCUUCCCCAAAGAAAUUCAGGUGCUUGCCAGAGACUUCUUGGACAACUACAUCUUCCUGGCGGUGGGCCGCGUGGGCAGCACCAGUGAAAACAUCACCCAGAAGGUGGUCUGGGUGGAGGAGCAGGAGAAGAGGUCCUUCCUGCUGGACUUGCUCAGCGCUGCCGGAGGUGGUGGUGCUGGUGCCCCUAGUCCGGAGUCUCUGACCCUGGUGUUUGUGGAGACGAAGAAGGGCGCUGACGCUCUAGAGGACUUCCUCCUGAGGGAGAACUACCCAGCUACCAGUAUCCACGGUGACCGCUCACAGCGAGAGCGAGAGGAUGCUUUGCGCCUCUUCAAGUUUGGGGAACGGCCAGUGCUGGUGGCCACUGCGGUCGCUGCCCGAGGUCUGGACAUCCCCAACGUGAGGCAUGUCAUCAACUUUGAUCUCCCCAGUGACAUCGAAGAGUACGUCCACCGUAUUGGUCGUACAGGACGUGUGGGCAAUCUAGGUCUGGCCACGUCUUUCUUCAACGACAAGAACAAGAACAUUGUUCGUGACCUGCUGGACUUGCUGGGAGAGGCCAACCAAGAAGUGCCCGCCUGGCUGGAGUCUAUGUCCAUGGACGUACGCUCUAUGGGAAUGGGAGGUGGUCGUCGCGGUGGCGCCAGAAGGUUCGGAGGCAGUGGUUUUGGAGGUCGAGAUUACCGUCAGAACAAGCCGUUGAAGACCAGCUUCAACCAGGGAGGUGGCGGAGGCGGCGGCGGCGGUGGCUUCAACGGCCAGCAGGCCUACAACAACCACUUCACCAACUACCCCCCGCCCCAGUACAACAACUACGGGGGCAGCUACGGCAACUCGUACAGCUCUGGAUCUGCUAACGACUGGUGGGGUGGAAACUGAGCCAACUAGCUUUUUGAUGUGAGGGAGGGUUGAGCCGUUCCUCUAGAUGGAAGUGGAGUUGUUUUUUUUUUAAUUGUCUUUUUAUUCUCUUGGCCCAUUUCCCCCCAUGUGAGCCAGUGUUUCUUGGUUUAUUAUUGCUACUCAGGGUGUUGUGUAUGGGAGAGAGCUGUGUUUUUUAAAGGUUUUUUUUUGUUGUUUUUUUUUUCACUCAACCAGUUCUCUCUGCCACCAGAGUUUUCUUAUGUUUCUCACUUAUCACUUUCCCCCGUUCCCCACCACUUCCCCUAGCUCAGUUAGUUAGUUCACUCGACUACUUCCCAGGGCGGCUCACACCCUCCAGCGCAAGGCCGGCUACAGUUUUGCGGUGCCGUCAGUUCCUGCUACUGUCUAUCGUUGUUAGUCUGUAGUAGAUUUGAUUGUUCUUUUGUACACUUGUCUGAGGGGGAGCAUACGGCACGGACCAGAGGUGUUGUAAUACGAAGCUUUGUUCAAACUCUGAUGUUAUAUAAGGGCUUUGCUUACUACUACAAAUUUUGUUUCCAAAUAAAUCACUCAUACACACACUCA